GCUGCGCGACGGGCGCCCGCGGAGCGACGUCACCGCCAUGGGGUGCCGGCGGGCGCUGCACUUCGUGUUCAAAGUGGGCGACCGGGCCCGGAGCGCGCGGUUCUACCGGGACCUGCUGGGCAUGAGCGUGCUGAGGCAUGAGGAGUUCGAGGAGGGCUGCAAAGCCAGCUGCAACGGCCCUUAUGAUGGAAAAUGGAGCAAAACAAUGGUGGGCUAUGGGCCAGAAGACAACCACUUUGUUGCAGAAUUGACUUACAAUUAUGGAAUUGGAGAAUAUCGCCUGGGCAAUGACUUUCUGGGCAUAACGCUUGUGUCCAGCCAGGCUGUGAGCAAUGCUAAGAAGAUGGGGUGGCCCAUCAGAGAAGUCACCACUGGUGUUUUUGAAACUGAAGCCCCAGGGGGAUACAAGUUCUACCUGGAAGAUAAGGAACAGCUCAAGAAAGAUCCUGUGAUGAAGGUGACCUUGGGUGUCUCCAGUCUCCAGAAGUCUAUUAAUUACUGGUCUAAUUUGCUCGAGAUGAAAAUCUAUGAGAAGGAUGAGGAAAAGCAAAGGGCUUUGCUGGGCUAUGCAGAUAACCAGUGUAAGCUGGAGCUGAAGGCUGUUGGAGGAGCAGUGGAUCACGGGACAGCGUUUGGGCGCAUCGCCUUCUCCUGUGCAAAGGAAGAGUUGCCAAAGAUUGAAGCGCUGAUGAAAAAGGAGAAUCAGAAAAUUCUAACACCUCUGGUCAGCUUGGACACACCUGGCAAAGCCACAGUGCAAGUGGUUAUUUUGGCCGAUCUUGAUGGCCAUGAGAUCUGCUUUGUGGGAGAUGAAGCAUUUAGAGAUCUGUCCAAGGUGGACCCUAACGGUGCCAAACUGUUGGAUGAUGCCAUGGCGUCAGACAACAGUGACAAGUGGUUUGCUGCGCACAAUAUGAAGAAGGCUGCUGCUUAGCUGGAGGAGAGGCUGGACUGCUCCUUCCUGCUGUGGUUUUCAUCAAAGAGAAAUACACCAAUCCCAUGUACCACGUUGGAUUACCCCUUCCAGUAAGGGAGUGCCUUUGUGUCCCACACUGGUUGAUUUGUUUGAUUUAAGCUUUUGUCUUUUC